AUGGGCUUAUUUAACAGUGUUAAAAAUAUUAUAAAAAACACAUACGUGUGUCUUACGAGAAAUCAAAUGGAUUUUGUUGGUCAAAAAUUGGCAUUUUUAAUCAAAAAUGUAAUUUUUACUAUUAGCACAGUUCUUUCAAUUAUAGUUGGUUACUACAAACAGAGCUUAGCUUUAAGCGCCUAUAUAAUACUAGCUGGAACGGCCAUAUCAGCAGUUCUAAUCAUACCAACAUGGCCUAUAUACAACAAAAAUAACAUUCAAUGGUCGAGAGACGAAGAUUCAAUAAACAGCAAGAAGAGGAAAUAA